GAAGAAUAUAUCCGAACUUGAUGUUAUGUAUAACAGCUCCGGCAAGGUUGUGCGAUGUCACCGUUAACUAGAUGUACAUAAAUAUUAGUGUCGACAGUACAUCACUUCUGAACCGUCACUCAUGCGAACGCCAGCAGCGUAGCGGAUUGCGUAGCAUGUAGUUUCUCGCGUCGCGUCGCAUCACAGGGUGAGAUCGCGCGGAAACGAAGGUUGCGCCCGUGACCGCGCCCGCGCCCGCCCGCCGUCAACAUCACGAGUAGCGCAGUAUCGCGGCGCGCUCUCUGCUUCUCGGACCUCGACCCGCCGGAUUCGGUACAGCUCGCAACUCGACCGGUCUGUGAUGUGCCUCGUGAGCUGAUGAUGUGCUGGCGAGUGAGUGUUGUGAGGGAGUGCGCGAGCGACGAGCGCCGGCGGACCGCGCGCCCGUAGCCGCCAUGUGGACGCUCCUUGUGCCCCUGCUGGCACUCAUCGCUCGGGGUGACGGCGUCUCUUUCACGCCCAACAAGGAACUGCUCGAGUGUGCAAGCCAGAUCCUGUACAUAGACCAAUAUGCAUAUCAACUUCCAACAAACUACAGUAGAAACAUUCCACCUGGUAAAAAUACGACAGUUUAUAUUGGAGUUAACGUCAACAGAGUCUCUGGAGUCGACGAAAAUAGAGAGGAGAUCACAUUAGACGUUUUCCUGCAAGUGUCAUGGGAAGAGAUGCGCCUGAAGGUGCCACCGGGCAUGCCUUACAUCGACCUGCCCUGGGAGUUCCGGCAGUUAAUUUGGACCCCGGACCUGUAUAUAUGGCAGCUGCAGACCAUGAGAAUACUAUCAGUACUUCAAGAAAUGGCAUCGUUACGAUUGUACGCCAACCGCACCGUCUCAGUCAGUAUUGGUGCUACAAUCACCAUAAAAUGUGAAAUGAACUUCGUUUUGUAUCCUCUAGACGUGCAGAACUGUGCUAUAGACUUUAGUAGCUACAAGUAUACAAGGGAAGACGUGAGAUUCGAAUGGCGCGAAGUAGCGCCGUGGUUCGGCCUGGCCGGAGAGCAGCGCCGCGAGUUUCGCCUCCCAAAAUACGUGGUCACAUUUGUAACAGACAAAAGUAAACAUAUUCGAAAUUUUGGUGAAGGUGAGCAUUCCGCAGCACGUUUACAAAUCAAGCUCUCUCGUGAACUACGGGGCUAUCUCCUAGAGAGCUAUCUUCCAUCUUCUCUCUUUGUUAUAAUAUCAUGGGGUAGUUUCUGCGUCAUACCAGAGAUUGUUCCUGGUCGCAUGGUGUUGCUGGUGACCACUUUACUCUCGUUGGUUACCAUGUUUGACACUGUAAGCACUAAUUCUCCAGACGCUCUUGAGUUGAAAUGCAUUGAAGUUUGGCUGAUCUCAUGCACCAUAUUCGUGUUCCUCGCGUUAUUAGAAUAUUUUGUGGUACUAUUCGGCAUCCGGUAUGAUAAGAGUUGGAGCAGACGGCGGCAAGAUCUUCGACGAGCGGCUUCCGCUGCUCAACUUGCUCCACCUUUGCAUAUCAACCAUACACAGAGAUUAAGUACACCAGUCAGCGGGACACCACAAGGUGGCGUUUUCUCUCCCCAGCUUAGUGUAGAAGAUGAAGGACUAAAACAACAAUUCUCUCAUCAGACAAUACAAAGGGACUCGCCAAUUUUUGAGACGAUACCAGGUGACACGUCAGGAAGUUUUUUAGUAAGAUUUGCUGCGAUGAUAGAUAGAGGCGUUAUGUUUUGUGGCGCCCAACAUGGGGCACUGGACAAGUUUGCUCUUAUGGUUUUCCCGAUAUGUUUUAUUCUUUUUACUAUCAUCUAUUGGACUACAUACCUCAGUGAAGCACACCGAGCGAUGCCAGACUAAUGUGACUUAGUGGACAGUGCCUAUUUGGUGUAAGACAAUUGUAAAUAUUAGAUAAGCUGCUAGUUGUUUUAUUAAAGUUUGAACUAUUGUUGAUGAUUAUUUAUUGUUUAAGUUUAAAGGAUAUGUAUAAAGGAUUAAAUUGUUUAGUAGA